UAAAGGACCAAGUGCUCUCGUGCGUCAAUAUUUUUCAUCUGUCUCGCAAAGGACAACACAUUGGUCAAUUUUUGAUGGUGAAUUUGUCGACACGCGGAGGUUGAGUUACCUGUAGAGACUCGUUCACUUGUGGCAGCAGCGACGGUGCGGCUUAAACCUGAAACACAUGGAUGUCAGCAGGAGUAGGCCCAAUGAUGCUGCCCACGUCAACCUACUCGGCUUCAGCACCCAAUAGUCAUGUCAGCCAGCUGAGCAGGUACCUUAGCAACCACCACAACACGCCUGAAGAGGACGAUGAGACCAUGAGCUCUAAGGAGCGAGAAGCCAGCGUCGUUCACAAGCCAGACUCCGCCCCCAACUCUGAUGGCCACCGCCCACCUCCGGAACACGCCACCUUUGCUGAUGACUCCAUGUUCAGCAGACAGAGGCUGGACAGAGAGCGGGAACACAAACACAACCACACUCUCCCUGAACCUGGCUCCAGCUCCAGCUUGUACCAGCCUCCCCGCAGCUUGCCUGCCGGGUACAGCCAGCCAACUCCGUUCCCCAGCCAGGCUGACGGCGCCUGGCUCCACCCGAGCUUUGCCAGCAGCUGGUCGGGGUAUCCCAACAGCCUGCCGUCCUCUCUGAACCAGAACGAUUACUCCAGCUGUUCUGGCGAUAGCGGCCUGUCAGGGUACAAGUUUGUGUCCCUGCCUGGCAGACACAGCACCAAUAUGAGCAACUUAGAGCAGCCGCUCUCUCUGCUCUCCAAUCCGCCUUCGGGCAACUUGUUCCAUCAUACGUUGUCUCCGUACACGUGCUCGCCCCAGGGAGCUGCCUUCUGUGCGCAGUGCCCCGCAGACGCCUUCAACAGGGGGCCUGUGGCCAACACACCCCCCUGGCCACAGUACCACCCAGCUUACGGCCCGUACUAUCCAGGCGCCUGCAGACUACCUGGACCUGGAUACACACAAAUUGGCCACAACCCUCCAGCUAAAGAGAAGCACCCCCCACAUAGCACACCGCUCUCUCUGGAGCAGAGGAGGGUCUUUGUCACUUACGAAGCGGACAACGACAAGCAUGUCAAUGAGAUCAUCAACUUUGUUGCUCUGCUGCGACACAACGGCUUUGAUACACACAUUGAUAUUUUUGAGCAGCAGUUCAGGAGCAUAAGCAAGAUAGACUUCAUGGAGCGAUACAUCAGUGAGAAAGAGUACCUGAUCAUCAUCAUCAUCAGUCCCAAGUACUAUGAGACGGUGACGGCCUCCCCAGUCUGCCUGGUGAACGACGAGAGGACCUUUAACACAGUCUACAUACAUAAACAGCUCCAGACUGAGUUCAUCCAGAAUGGAAGCAAGAAUUUCAGGUUUAUUCCCAUUGUGUUCCCCGGGGCUAAAAAGUGUCACGUCCCAAACUGGCUCCAAAACACGCACGUUUACGAAUGGCCGCUCCAUCGGGAUGACAUUCUACGGCGGCUGAUGAGGGUCGAGAAGUACAAUCCACCUCCCAUCGGGGAGCUACCGACCAUCGUUUCCAUCCCCAUAUAGACACCUCUGACCUGAAGACACUGACUGGAAAAAAAGAAACUUGCUUUUUGGAGAACUGCUGGCCACUGUUGAAUACAGGAAUACAUGUGCAGGAUGUUUUAUUUGAGUGUAAAUGAGAUGCUAAGGGCGCUGUGUGAACAUUUCUCCUGGAAUAUGUUGCAUACGUGUAAUUAGGGCCUUUAAAUUCCACCGAACUCAGACAAGUGCCAGCGUUGAUGUUUAAGGCAGGCACACAGGCAGCUUGAUGUUUACUGGUGCUACUCUAAGUUAAUUACUUUCACAGCCUGACAAAUACAAUGUUUACUUUUUAAAAGUAUAAUUUAAAAUUCAUAUUUUAUAGAAUUUGAACACAUGAAUGUAAAUGAAAGAUUUUUCAUAUUUUAUGGGACUUGCAUGUGUGUCGUAUGAUUAAAUAGAUAUGAAUAGUCUGAUGACUGUAUAUUUGCAGACUGGACCAGCAGAGCUUUCAUUUAUGAGAAGUAAACAGUGACAGAUAAUUCUCAGUCAUAUUAUCUUUCUUUUUACAGUGUCUAUCUAAUGCAAACAGCUGCCCAACUAGAUGGAGUUACUGACGUAUUUUGAAGAGUAAAAUUAACAGAUGAUGCCUGAAAAGCAACAUUUUAUUUGAAUUUGUUUUUCAUGACAGUUGGUGCACGGCAGAUAUUGUUUCAAGUGGAGGCAGAUUUAGAUUUCUUUUAUUUUUUUGGGGGUCUUGCACAACCGUGGAAUUAGGCAGCAUUAGUUAUACAUUUAUAUAUUAAAUUAUGGACAAAACUAUUUAAGUAUGUGUUUUUUCAUGUAUUUUUUACUCUUUUUUUUAUUUUUUAUUUUUUUUUACUGGUAAACAAAGUGCUGGCUUCCUGAAUGCUUAAAAGAGCACAAGCAGUUGCAAUGUUAACCGACAGAUUACCUGAUUUAGGUUUAUGGUCUCUGCAAGUUGUUUUUCACAGGAUAUGUAAAAAAAAAAGAAAAACAGACUAAAACCAGCAAAUAAAAAAAACGUAAUUUGGUCAAUUAAUUACAUGGUUCCAUGAUACACCACAGAUGGAAGGUGAUGUUAGACAUUUUGUAUUUUGUUUUGCACCAAAACAGUGCUUAAUGGAUUUCUUGUAAAACUACCAAUGUUAUGAUUAAAACUGUAGAACUGCAGUGUGUUUGCAGGUGAUAGCGUGUUGGUAUUGUCCCUACACUGACAUCUCCUCUGGGAGACACAGACAGUAAAUGAGUGUUUGAAAAGCCGGCCCCAAACAUGACAUUUAACCGCAGACAAGCAGAGACCUGGGACUGGUUCUGCCUGCAGGGCUACGUUGGCAAUAUUCUAACAGAGAGCUGCAUUUCUCCGCAUGAAAACGUUAAGGUUUAGGAAUGCUUCGCUAUUAACUACAGAUCUGUCAACACACUGAUUGUGUUUGACAGUUUGUGCUCCCAUCAGACCACCGACCACUCGUCUCAUUGCAUUCUGGAGAAAUUCAGCCUGAGAGCAGUGAGGUAGAGCUCCAGAAGGGUGACAUAGUGCCUCUCCUCAGCUUCUAGUGGCUGGGGUGGAAAGGCUCAGACAGGAUGUUCUAUCAAGAUAAGUAGCUGACACAGCUGCCUGUGUGGUAAGGCUUCUAAAGAAUCUGCAAGUUUAGACUGAAAUGGGUCAACAAAACCGGUUUGUGGUGAGAGAAAUAUCACGUGUAACACUGUGACACAUUUAAAGAAUGUUUGUGUGUGCAGAAUAUGAUCCAUCCCAGCAGUAGUGUUACAUUAAUCCUGUUUGUUACCUGCAUGUGCAACAUUACCGAUUAAAGAGCCGAGCAUCAGGA